GGAUCCCACCCCCUCUCUGUGUUUUCACUCUGAGGCUCUACACAACUUUACACCUGAAUGAACGCCAAACCUCAGGGAUAUAUAAAGGGAACCUUGAGGAGGAAUUUCACAGUUACAGUGCAGAAGCAGAGGGAAAGGAAUUAACUAGCUCUCCAGCCAAGCAAAUCCUCUACUCACCAUGCUUCCUCCUGCCAUUCAUUUCUAUCUCAUUUCCCUUGCUUGCAUCCUAAUGAAAAGCUGUUUGGCUUUUAAAAAUGAUGCCACAGAAAUUCUUUAUUCACAUGUGGUUAAACCUGUUUCAGCACACCCCAGCAGCAACAGCACGCUGAAUCAAGCCAGAAAUGGAGGCAGGCAUUUCAGUAACACUGGACUGGAUCGGAACACUCGGGUUCAAGUGGGUUGCCGGGAACUGCGUUCCACCAAAUACAUCUCUGAUGGCCAGUGCACCAGCCUCAGCCCUCUGAAGGAGCUGGUGUGCGCUGGGGAGUGCCUGCCCCUGCCGCUGCUCCCCAACUGGAUCGGAGGAGGCUAUGGAACGAAGUACUGGAGCAGGAGGAGCUCCCAGGAGUGGCGGUGUGUCAACGACAAAACGCGCACCCAGAGGAUCCAGCUGCAGUGCCAAGAUGGCAGCACGCGCACCUACAAAAUCACCGUGGUCACUGCCUGCAAGUGUAAGAGGUACACUCGGCAGCACAACGAGUCCAGCCAUAACUUCGAGAGCAUGUCGCCUGCCGAGCCGGCCCAGCACCACAGAGAGCGGAAGAGAGCCAGCAGGCCCAGCAAGCACAGCAUGAGUUAGAACUCAGACUCUAAAACUGGACUGAUUGGUAACCAUCUGCUUUACAGAUUUGAUUCCUUGGAAGACUCAAGUCUGCCAUUGCUAUUUUCUUACUUGAAAAUAUAUGCUUUCUGCUUUGAUCAAACCCAGCAAGCUGUCCUAAGUAUCAGGACCUUCUUUGGGAGUAGCUUGUCCUUUACAGGUUUUUCAAGAUGUACACAUAUCCAUGAGUGCAAUUUGUAUUUAAAUUCCAUGCGUCCCGUAGUUUUAAUUUACCAUGAUUCUUGAAAGACCGGUGAUACUAUAUAUAUAUAUAUAUAUAUGCUAUAUAUUGAAUAAUCACUUUUUAAAAGGAAAGGGCUUCUUAGUUACCCUGCACUCCCCACCUAUCCCCCUACCCAGCAAACCCCUCCCAAAGUGAAAAGUUAAAAAAAUUGUUGCCUUGAGUAUUUACAAUACUUCAGAAGGGUGCUUUUUCUUUUUCUUGGCAAUCUUCAUGGAACAGUUUAGCAGCCAUGAGUGAUCUUCCUUUGACAGAAUGAAAGACCUUGUGACAUUUCACUUCAAAAAUAAGCCCUGAAGCUUUUUACAGUCUCAUAGUAUGAAAUUAUACCCUGCAUGCUGACCCUCGCUUGGAAUGGAAUGCCAGAAAUGCAUGGCAGCAGCUAAUAAGUAAAGUUGAUUAACUAUUUAUUUGUCAAUGUUAUUAUUUAAUGAGCUUUUACAUGUGAUUUUUUUUCAAAAUGUAAUUUUCUUAUGUUAUGAAACUUUUUCAUGUACCUAAAUAUUUUCCUGUAUGAUUUGUGGUUGAUCUAGAAAGAUGAGAAUACAUGUUGUAGAUAUGUAAAAUAAAUAUUUUAGCCUUCUUAUUACAUAUAUGUUGCAUCAUGAACUUUAUCAAUAGUAUGGAUCUUUUCAAAUCAAUAAGAUGCUUUGUCAAGCUAAAAUAUGAAAUACUUUCUUGUUUAAUCUGUGCAAUCAGAAGGCAAUUUGACCUUCAAUUCCAUCAGUUUCUUUUAACAAAAAUAAAUACUGCUAAAAGUUAUUGUCUUUGUCUAUAACAUGUAUAAAAAUGUACCUGUUUACAAAAAUUACAGAAUAAAUGUGCCAGAGUAAUUGAUGUUAGAUAAGGCACAUUCAAAUUUUGACAGAAAGUUCUAUAGUGAGAAAGAAGAAAGGGAAGGGGAGACCAUCAUUUUAAAAAAUAUAUUUUUACUGAUUUUUAGAGAGAGAAGAAGGGAAAGGGAGAGAGAAAGAGAAACAUCAAUGUGAAAGUGGAACAUUGACUGGCUGCCUCCUGCACGCCCUCUAUUGGGGGUCAAGCUCUCAACCCAGGUAUGUGCCGGGAAUCAAACCAGCAACCUGUUGAUGCAUGGGAUGAUGCCCAACCAACUAAGCUACACCACCAGAGCGGGAGACCAUCUUUUCAGUAAAUGGAAUGAUUGAAAAAGUUGGGUGGCAAUCCAGCAAUGAGUUGUAAUAAGAAUAUCAUAGUUAUAUUCCCCCAGAGAUGCCAGUUUGCUGCCCAUUAUAAUCACCUGGGGGAGAUAUUAUGAGACCCAAUGCCCAGGUUGCCAUCCUAAAUGCAUCAUAAUAUCUGGGGUAGAACUCAGAUAUUGGCAGUUUUUUUUUUUAAAUUUUCCAGGUGAUUCCACUGUGCAGCUAUGUUUGAGGAAUAAAUUGUGCAGAAAUCACUAUCGUGGGGAACUUUGAAUACUAUUGCAUGGCCUGGAAACCAAAAAAUAAAAAAAUAUAUAUAAACAACAAAGGAAACAAAAACUAAUUUUUCAAGUUUGACAUGUUGCUAUUUAAGCAACAUAAUCACAAUCUUGAAACAGAUUUUAUAGGUAAAUGACAUGUGUCAAUUCAAUCAAAUGAUCAGUCCCAUCAUUCCAAAUAAAGAAAACCAAAGAGGCUUGGUUAUGUAUUGGUAAGAACUUCUGGGUUUUCCCAUUUUGAAUGCUAAGCAUGAAGGAGUCCUUAGUACAUUUUUGUAGUAGGUUUUUGUUUUUGUAAAUAAAUGAGUCUAAAAGUCACAUGUAUUAUUUCCUAUAUCAUUCUGUCUCUUGCCUAUGAGAAGUGGGAGAGUCUCAACAUAUGUAAAGACAAGGAAACGUCUCUAGAUUUUCUAAUAAUGCUAACUUUUGUAUCAUCAAAUAAAACAAUGAUUCAUAGUCCA